AUGUCUGCUGGUAACAUGGAAGAUGGUUUCGAUGAUCCGUCCGAUUUCAACGCCACUCAAUUAUCCACGCUUGAUGAACACCUCCGAUGUCCUAUCUGCAAGGAAAUAUUCGAUGCUACCAUGCUGCUAUCCACAUGCUCUCAUUCUUUCUGCGCCCUGUGCAUACGCAGAAGCCUUUCAACAGAGCAAAUCUGUCCAAAAUGCAGAAAACCAGCAUACGAAAGUAAUCUAAUACACAACUAUGACCUAGACAACGUUGUGAGGCAAUGGCGAGAGUCUCGACAGUUUCUGAUAGCUUUGGAAAGAGCAGCUACUGCGCCAAACCAGGAUAUAGCAAUACAUUCAGCACCUGCAUCGCUUGACAAUGAUUUCUCGAACGACGCUAUGCGCACUAUCAACAGUGGCUCGCCCACAGCAUCUCCAUCUCAUAUUCCCUCUCCUUCUACAAGACGAUCCACCCGUUUAUCUUCGCAAUCAAUAACAUCAGCAUCACCUCAGGGAUCUCCAAUGCAAAUGAGUCAACCUGAUACAAAUAGAGUAGACAUCAUUGCACCUACACAAUCCCAUCAGACGUUGUCAUCCGUCCAAGCAGAUAGCUCAUCCCCAGCAGAAUGCCCAAUAUGCUGGAAACAGAUGGAUGUCAGAGUAAUUCAGGCACAUGUAGACGCCUGUCUCAAUGGUGAUAGUAGAAUACCACCCUUACCCAAGAAAUCAUCCACACCUGCCGCUGGGAGUAGCAAAGACGCUUCAUUUCCGUUCAUAGCAUCAUCACACUCAUCAACAUAUGCGUCAUCUUCAUCGAUGGCGAGAGUCUCCAAUACCCUCAAAACGAAGAGCAAACCUGUAAACCUCGGGAAAAAGCCAAUCAAACAGGUUUACAAUUUGAUGACGGAUAAAGCACUGAAUGCGCUUUUACGAUCUUUCAACCUGUCAGACAGUGGAGACAGAGCGACCAAGAUAUGGAGACAUAAAGAGUAUUUGAACCUUUACAACGCAAAUCAGGAUUCACAUAGGCCAGUCAGCGCCAAUGUGUUGGUGCAGAGGCUCCAAGCAAUUGAAAAUUCACGGGCAAUACAAUCAAAGAGAAAAGCGACAGAUCCAGAGGAACACAAGGCCAUGUAUGCCGACCAAUUCCAAUCUCUGAUUAAUCAUGUCAAGCGGAAAAAGGGCGACGAUGCUAAUGCAUCAUCACAAUCAAAGAAUUAA